GUGUAACUCAGCAGUAUCCUACCAAGGGACGCUACUUUACAUGUUGGUCUAAUGGAUUCUGUGAUCCCUCGCAACACCAAUGAGUCGUUCACCUCAAUAUACUAUGCGUCGUAGAUAGACGCCUGCAUGUUACAUUUAUAGGAAGCCACCUUACAUGCCCGGCCCCACAACAACGUUAUAGAAGGAUAACCAUAGUCCCUACGGAGCCAAGAACUAAAAGGGCGACGUCUACGGUUUAGGACCCUGCUUUUCUCAGGGCAGGAUGGAUACCCAAAAAUCUGUUUUGGAUGAUUUGGGCGAGGAGGUCACAGGCAUUGUUGCGCCUGUGUCGCUUUGCAUGGCAGUCACAGUGCUGCUCGUUCGCCUCCUCAACCCAGAAGGCGUUUCCUCUGCUAAUACAGUUCUUAUAGCAAGUAUCGCGUACCAGGAGCAGUCGACGGACUCUCCUGGGAAAAAGCUUGGUGGAGCGCUGCUGAACGCACUCAUUUUUGUGGGUGUCGUCGCCGGCAUGACGGUUGUCUUGUUCCUGUUAUUCAAAUACAAGUGCUACAAGUUCAUUUUCGCCUACAUGGGGUUUGCCGUUUUCAACAUCUUCUUCUUCAUCACAGGAGCACUGUUCAUCCAGGUUAUGCAGGUCAUCGGCCUGCACAUCGACGCCUUCUCAUUAGCGUACGGCCUCUUUAAUUUCUCGGUUAUAGGGACGUUAGGGUUACUAUUCGUGCCCAUACCGUUGUUAGCAAAGCAGGUGUACCUGAUCUGGGUCGGCAUCAUCGUGGCCUACAUCUUCACCUUCAUCCCCGAGUGGACCGCAUGGGUGCUGCUCGUGCUCAUGGCGGUGUACGACAUCAUUGCUGUACUCAUGCCAGGUGGCCCACUCAAGGCUCUCGUUGAGCUCGCAGUGGAGCGGCAGCAGGAGCUCCCCGCGCUCAUCUACGAGGCUCGGCCCGCGGGCGGCAGGCCCUACGUGCGCGGCUGGGGCAGGCGCAACGCAGCGGACGCAGCAGCAGCAGCUGGGGGGGAGCAGCAGCAGCCUCCGGCGGCGGGGGCGUCCGGAGCCCCCGGCAGCGUGUCUAGGCCGGUUGCGGAGGCCGCCAGUGCGCCGGUGUCACAUGAGAUGCGGAGGAAUGGCGGAGGUGCAGGAGGAGCUGGAGGAGGAGGGGAGAUGGGGUCAUCUCGACAGGUGUCUGUGUCGGCGGCUGCUGCGGCGGCGGGAGGGGGGUCAGGAGGCGGAGCUGGAGGAUCAGGAGGGGGUGCGGGUGGGGCAGCCCAGCAGCAGCAGCAGCAGCGGGCUGGCGGUGCGGCGGGUGCGGGCGGGUGGAGCCCGGCGGCGCCGAUGGCGGUGCCGUUGGAGGAGACGCCGGUGGAGGUGCUAGGGUCCUUCAGCGACUCGGCCUACAUCCCCCAGCAGCUGCGUCUGCUGCACCAGCAGCCGCACAACCGCCGCUUCAGCAUGAUGUCCAUGGCCUCCGCCGUCACGGUGGGCUCCGCCAUUCCGGGCGGAGUGAGUCGGGGCCCGCAGCCGAUAGGGGAGGGCCUGGAGGCGGGAAGCGGCGGCAGCAGCAGCGGAGGAGGCGCAGGAGAGUGGCUGCCGCUGCCCGCUGGGGUGCAGAAUGGUGGCGGCGGAGGAGGAGGGCUGUUGCAACGGGGUCGGCAGCAGCAGCAGUCGCUGCUGGGAGGGCUGUUGUCGUAUGGUGGGGGUGGGGCAGCGGCGGUUAGUGGGCGCUCCUCGCCGCAGAGCCACAGCUCCCAGGAGCCCCUGCUUGGGGGAGCGGGGGCACGGGGGCCGGCGGCGGGGGCGAUGCUGGAGCAGGAGAUGGUGGCGCCGCGGGAGCAUGCGGCAGCAGCCAAGGGCGGCCGCGCCUCCGCCUCCACUGGUGCGGGUGCGGGUGCUGUUGCAGAGGGGGCGGUGGAGCAGCGCUACCCUGAGCCCCGACUAGCAGCGCCCGGUCCCGGGCCGGGGCAGGCACAAGGGCAGGGGCAGGGUCGGCCGCCUGUGUCGCCCACCAUGGGAGUGAGGGCGGUGGCGCCCGCCUUUGAUGCUGAGAGGCUGGCGGAGGCAGUUGGCAGGCGUCGCACGCAGGACAGCGAGGGGGAGCUCAACUCCGCACCCUCACACUCGCACCCGCAGCAACAGCCACAACCCCAGCAGCACCCCCAGCAGCCCCAGCAGUUCGUGGGGUCAGCAGCGCUGGUGCCUACCGCCCUCCCCGCACAUCCACCUGCACAGCCGCACCCCGUGGUUGUGGGGGCCAGCAGCGGCGGCGGCGGCGGCAAUGCGGGCGGCAGGGAUGGCGGCGAGGGCGGCGGCGGUGAGGGGCAGCAGGAGGUGGACCUGCCUGAUGCGAUCAAGCUGGGGUUGGGGGACUUCAUCUUCUACUCCAUGCUGGUGGGCAGGGCGGCCAUGUACGACUUCAUGACGGUCUUCUCCGCCUACGUUGCCAUUAUCGCGGGUCUGGGCCUCACGCUGCUGUGUCUUGCGGUGUUUCAGAAGGCGCUGCCCGCACUGCCCUUCUCCAUCGCACUGGGGGUGGCCUUCUACUUCCUUACGCGGCUCACACUGGAACCCUUCCUGGUGCCGCUGUCUGCUAACCUGGCAUUCUUCUGAAAGGAGGGAUUAGGUAACUGGGCCGCAGGGAAACACUGACCCUGCCUCUGAGAGGAGGGAGGAGGGAGAUGGGGAUUACGGUAGCAGGAGGUGGAUACUCCGAAGAGGAGGGAAGGGGAGAAGAGGAGGGAAAGGAAGAAAAGGCGGCGUGGGAGCAGAGGCUCAGGGCUGUGGGUCGGGUAACCUUGGCAUCUACGUCCUUCUGAAAAGAAGGAGCGGGGGGGCCUAGGAGCGGCUAGAGAUUGCGAAGCAGUUCGCGAGGGGGCGAAGAAUAAUUGGAUAAUAGUGAUGACAAAAGCCCUCGGUUCGCGAUUGACGGUGACCAGGGAACUGUUUUUUGCCAUUGUCGUGCCGCACUUUGUCGUAAAAGGACGCGAGUUGGCAGCACAAGAUGGUGAUGAUGACAAUAGUCCAGCGCUCAGCUGCGCAUCUCUCCCGUGGCAUGAGCUGCUAUCCCCUGGCAUGAGCUGCUGUAAUAGAGCUCCUUUCAUCUAGCAUGUAAGUCAAGACGUAACCGCUAUGCUGACGUAUGUUGCCUUGUAGGAUAUAUCUAUUGUGCCAUCCCCCAUCCCUCGCCUGACACAUAUGAUGAGGAUUAGAGGUUGUACGGUAUUUUGGUCAGAGCUGCGCAGCCAUAUCGAUGGAUGGUAGUAUAUACGGCAAAUCUGCAAUAAUAGUUUAUGUGGGAUAUUACUAAAGCUUCCAGCAGGUACUUUCACGGGUUGAUGUCGUAUCUGCAUUGCACGUAGAGCUCACGUGGCGUGCUGCAGAGUUAUAACGUCGCAUUAGAAGCCUAACCUGGCCUAAUUAGGUAAUUAGAUGCCGUACUAAUGUCGUAGUACUGCUAGUGUGAUGCAUGCUGGUGGUGGAGCUGCUGCUGCUGGUUCAUGUGUUUAUGCUUGGAUGUUAGGUGGUGGGGUUUGUUAUCGUUCGUUUAGUUUCUUGAAAGGUGCGGUUGAGGCGCUGGCAGAAAGCAGUCGUGACUGUGUUUCGGUUCGUUACGAAAAGAGGGACUUUACUGUCCCUGACUCACUUGUCCUUUCAUAGUCUGGUUUUUGGACGGCUAUUGGGGACUAAGGAUGUACGGUGUUGACCCAUGGGUCAUGCAAUCCCGGCUGUCUGUUGCUCGCCCUAUAGCAUGGAAACGAACGAAGAUUGUGCCGGUAACAUUUAAACAGGUAAUGGCUCGCUCACGCAGG